GUCAUUCCACACCACCAUCUUUAACCCACACCGCCAAACUACUCCGCGAGGUCCCCAUCCGUGCCUUUUGGGGCCUCUGCUUUGGCCCAAAACAUCGAGGCGUUAGAAUCCAUGUCGAUGACCAACACAGACGCAAACCAAACAAUGCAGCCGCAGUUGGCGCAACCAGCACCGCAGCCGUCACCACCUACCGCCUCAGAGCCUUCCGAUGCCGCCGCCCAGGAGGCGCUCCAAGCGGCGCGCUAUGCGAGGACCGGCAUUAAACCGCCCCGAAAACUGGAUAGUCGCAGGCGCUUCAAGAAUUUCAUCGAUCGCAUCAACCGUCGCCAGUGGGAAACCCUGGGGGAAGGCAUCCACCGCCGGCUCGCCUACAAUGGCCGUGACAUGUCUCAAUACGAACUCAUCCAGCACCUGAAGCAAGAGUUCGCGCCCAAGACACACACCACAAUGGAGAUAGUCGCUCUUGUCGGCGGCAAAACUGACGAGGAUGGCUCCAUUGGUGCCCGCCUCCGCGUAAAGCAUCAAGUCGUCCAGGGUCCCUACCUAACCUCGGCAGCCAGACGACGCUUUGAAUAUGCGCGUCACAUGUUCGUGCAGUAUACCGCUGGUAAAAUCAGUGAGAUCAGCGACAUUCCCGACGAGGAUGAGAGGCGCCGCGAGCCGAAGCACAUCCUGCCGCCUCCUGGCUUGCGACCGCCGCCUCCUCGCGUAUCAAUCGACCUUGGACAGUUCUACACCGACUACAUCGCUUGCAUCAACGGCGGCAACAUGACCAGAGAGCUACAGAGGUUUUGCAAGUCGACCGGUGUCACUUGGAAUGGUUCCAAGCUGGCCGUGGACCAGUACCGCAAGCUGAUGGAGGGCGCAUUUGACGCUAUCGACGGCCUCAAGUUUAUCGCGCACACAGUCUUGGUUGAUGAGGCGAGGCAACAGAUUGCUGUGCGAAUCGAUUUCAUAGGGACGCCCGUUAAGCCGUUUGGGGGCGCCUUCCCAAAUGGCAAGCAAGUUAUCUUUUCCGAGCACGCCUUUUACUGGCUCGAGCAGGGAAAGAUAUCGGAUGUGCUGACAAUUGUAGACUGGGAGAGCUACAAGUCACAGCUAAUCCACUGACUGGGCGAAGCCGAAAGCCGCCGGAGCGCUGGUCUAGCUAUACUUUUUCCCACAUGAAUCAUUCUCAGCCCCUUUGGCAAAUCCUCGCAUCAAGCAUUCAUUCCUCUCGGUAGCACGCAAUUUGCAACUCUAUGAAUCGCAGCUAGGCCUAGGAGUCCGUGAUGAGCAAAAAAAUUAGUGCAUAUCAAUUUGACAUUUGCGAGGUUAUUCGCAGGUAUUUCAAUGCAAUAAGCUUACCUCCAAAAGACGUUUACCGAAUCCAAAGCUCUGAAAUAUCCCGUUGCCAUUGCAUAAACCGCCUUAUGCGCCAAGUCGAUUAUCUGCUCCCCAAACGGCCACGUCCUGGCACCACCAUUUGAUCGGCUAGUUAGUGCGUUACGUAUCGAUGUGCCGUUGGUUGCAGGAGGGGUGAGACCAUAGUCGGCCGAGCC